UGGACACGAGCCGCCGCACCAACGUAUUAGAGGACUCUUCCAUUCUGCCAGUUUCUUUUAAAGCUGAACUCGGUGGUUUUUUAAAUAAAAACCUCGCGGUUAAUUCGAGUUGCUCCCUGUGAGUCGAGCGGCCACAAAUGAAAUGUCUUCGGGCGUUUUUCAGUUGCUUUUUAUGCAGAGUUUCCUGUGGAACGCAGGAAUUGGAUGGACAAUCCCAAACCGGAAUUCCUAUCAACACUCCAAGUGAGAGUUGUGAUUCUGAAUGGAUAUCCUUUGAUGCAGAAGGUUUCAAGGUUGAUCUGGAAAGCAAACUGUUUGGACAGCACAUUGCAUCACGCGUCAUCCUGAAAGCUGUGAAUGGAUUCAUGAGAGAUAAAAACCCAAAGAAGCCCCUGGUGGUCUCUCUGCACGGGCGGAGUGGAAUCGGAAAGAAUUUUGUUAGUAAGCUGAUUGCUGCCAAUAUUUACAAGAAAGGAAUGGACAGCAGCUUUGUUCAUGUGCUUACAUCUGAACUUCACUUCCCGCACCAAAGUAAAUUUGAGACCUACAAGACUCAGCUACAGCAGCGAAUCAAAGACAAUGUCAGAAACUGUGAACGCUCCAUGUUUAUCUUUGAUGAGAUGGACAAGAUGCAUCCUGGCUUGAUUGACGGCAUAAAGCCGUACCUGGGGUACCACAACAACCUGGAUGAGGUUUCCUAUCGGAAAGCCAUCUUCAUCUUUCUCAGCAAUGCUGGAGGGGAGAGCAUCACACAGACAGCUUUAGAUUUUUGGAAAGCAGGACGAGACCGAGAAGAGAUCGAGCUAAGCGAUGUGGAAACAUUGCUCGCUUCAUCAGCAUUCCACAGCAAAAAUGAUGGCUUGUGGCAUUCAAGUUUGAUUGACGAAAACCUGGUGGACUUCUUCGUCCCGUUCCUGCCUCUGGAGUACCGGCACGUUGUCCAGUGUGUCAUGGCUGAGAUGAAGACCAAAGGACUUCGGCCAGACCAGAACAUUGCAGACAAAAUAGCCAAAGAUUUGCUGUAUUUCCCUAAAUCUGACAAAGUGUUCUCUGACAGUGGCUGCAAGAGGAUAUGUUCAAGACAUCACAUGUACACCUAAUGCUAACAUCUGAUGGAUGCAUAUGAUUAUUAUGGGUAGGUAGAUGGAUAGAUAGAUAGAUAGAUAGAUAGAUAGAUAGAUAGAUAUGUAGAUGGAUAGGUAGGUAGAUAUUGAUGUGGGUGGGGUGAUUAAACAUUUAAAACCUGUGUAUCAUAGCGGGAUCUAUCCUCUUUUUUUAUUUUUAUUAGGAAUAUGAUACAAAGUCAAACAUCAUGGGUUUCACAUAAUCUCAAAAAGGUAGCCGAUGCCAGGAGAUGAAGAAAACGUAAGAAACAAUAAAAACUAAUAGACAG